GGGUGGGGAGGAGAGGCGGCGGCGGCGGUGGCGGCGGUGGCGGCGGCGGCGGCGUCCGAGCUACGCCACACGGGGCCGGGGCGCCGGGAGCCGGAGCGCAGCGCGGGGUCGUAGCGGCGGCGGCGGUGAGGGGAGCGUGGUGGAGGAGGCGGAGCCAUGGCGGGCCAGCAGUUCCAGUACGAUGACAGCGGGAACACCUUCUUCUACUUCCUCACCUCCUUCGUGGGGCUCAUCGUGAUCCCCGCCACCUACUACCUCUGGCCGCGAGACCAGAAUGCGGAGCAAAUUCGAUUAAAGAAUAUCAGAAAAGUAUAUGGAAGAUGUAUGUGGUAUCGUUUACGGUUAUUAAAACCCCAGCCAAAUAUUAUUCCUACAGUAAAGAAAAUAGUUCUGCUUGCAGGAUGGGCACUGUUCUUAUUCCUUGCAUACAAAGUUUCCAAAACAGACCGAGAAUAUCAGGAGUACAAUCCUUAUGAAGUGUUAAAUUUGGAUCCUGGAGCAACAGUAGCAGAAAUUAAGAAACAGUAUCGCUUGUUGUCACUUAAAUAUCAUCCAGAUAAAGGUGGUGAUGAAGUUAUGUUCAUGAGGAUAGCAAAAGCUUAUGCAGCUUUAACAGAUGAAGAGUCUCGGAAAAAUUGGGAAGAAUUUGGAAAUCCAGAUGGGCCUCAAGCUACAAGCUUUGGAAUUGCCUUGCCAGCUUGGAUAGUUGAUCAGAAAAAUUCAAUUUUGGUUUUACUCGUGUAUGGAUUGGCAUUUAUGGUUAUCCUUCCUGUUGUUGUGGGCUCUUGGUGGUAUCGGUCAAUACGAUAUAGUGGAGACCAGAUUCUAAUACGUACAACACAGAUUUAUACAUACUUUGUUUAUAAAACUCGAAAUAUGGAUAUGAAACGUCUCAUCAUGGUUUUAGCUGGAGCUUCAGAAUUUGAUCCUCAAUAUAAUAAAGAUGCCACAAGCAGGCCAACAGAUAAUAUUUUAAUACCACAGCUAAUCAGGGAAAUUGGCAGCAUAAAUUUAAAGAAGAAUGAGCCUCCACUUACCUGUCCAUAUAGCCUGAAGGCCAGAGUUCUUUUACUGUCUCAUCUUGCUAGAAUGAAAAUUCCUGAGACCCUCGAAGAAGAUCAACAGUUCAUGCUAAAAAAAUGUCCUGCUCUGCUUCAAGAAAUGGUUAAUGUAAUCUGCCAGCUAAUAAUCAUGGCACGGAGCCGUGAAGAAAGGGAGUUUCGUGCUCCAACUUUGGCAUCCUUAGAAAACUGUAUGAAGCUUUCCCAGAUGGCUGUCCAAGGCCUCCAGCAGUUUAAGUCUCCCCUUCUGCAGCUCCCUCAUAUCGAAGAGGACAAUCUCAGGAGAGUUUCUAAUCAUAAAAAGUACAAAAUUAAAACUAUCCAGGAUUUGGUCAGUUUAAAAGAAUCUGAUCGUCAUAGUCUGCUGCACUUCCUUGAAGAUGACAAAUAUGAAGAGGUCAUGGCAGUUCUUGGGAGUUUUCCAUAUGUGACCAUGGACAUAAAAUCACAGGUAUUGGAUGAUGAGGACAGCAACAACAUUACAGUAGGCUCCUUAGUUACAGUGUUGGUUAAAUUGACAAGGCAGACCAUGGCUGAAGUAUUUGAAAAGGAGCAGUCCAUCUGUGCUGCUGAGGAACAGCCUGCAGAAGAUGGGCAGAAUGAUACCAACAAGAACAAGGCAAAAGGAGGAUGGCAACAGAAGAGCAAAGGACCCAAGAAAAUGCCCAAGUCCAAAAAAAAGAAGCCUUUAAAAAAAAAACCUACAGCUGUGCCAUUACCCCAGGCAAAGCAGCAGAAGCAAAAGCAGGCAAACGGAGUUGUUGGGAGUGAAGCUGCAGUAAAGGAGGAAGAAGAUGACAUUUCUGACAAAGGCAGUGAUUCUGAAGAGGAAGAAACCAAUAGAGAUUCACAGAGUGAAAAAGACGAUGGCAGUGACAGAGAAUCUGAUAGAGAGCAAGAUGAAAAACAAAACAAAGAUGAUGAAGCAGAGUGGCAAGAGUUACAACAAAGUAUACAGAGGAAAGAGAGAGCUCUUCUGGAAACCAAGUCAAAGAUAACACAUCCUGUGUAUAGUCUUUACUUUCCUGAGGAAAAACAAGAGUGGUGGUGGCUUUAUAUUGCAGAUAGGAAAGAACAAACAUUAAUAUCCAUGCCAUAUCAUGUGUGUACACUGAAGGAUACAGAAGAGGUAGAACUGAAGUUUCCUGCACCAGGCAAACCUGGAAAUUAUCAGUAUACAGUGUUUUUGAGAUCAGACUCCUAUAUGGGUUUGGAUCAGAUUAAACCACUGAAGUUGGAAGUUCAUGAGGCCAAGCCUGUGCCAGAAAACCACCCACAGUGGGAUACAGCAAUCGAAGGUGACGAAGACCAGGAAGACAGUGAGGGAUUCGAAGAUAGCUUUGAGGAAGAAGAGGAGGAAGAAGAAGGGGAUGACUAACCAGUGUAUGAGUGGACCACAGCAUUUGCACAUAUUCGCAAACAUCUGCUGCUUUGUAAAUUGUAAUAAAGCAGAAGCAGUGGAGAACUGACGUGGAGGAAGUGUUGGCGUCUUCACUAGAAAUGGAUGCAAAAAAAAUAGGCAGCUGGUGCCACCUGGAAAAGGGUCAUUUAAUGCCUUUCAGGUAUGGGGUGGUGUGUUUAUCUCGUCUGCAAAUGGUAAUAAAUCCUUUAUUGUUAAAACUGUCCAGAAGUGUGGGCUGUGCAUUACCUGAUCAGUUUAUGGUCUCAGUAAAAGUCAAGGUACAUAAAAAACAAUCUAUAAAUGAGGAACUUUUCUUUGUUCAGCUUUAGUUUUAGUAAACAUUAAAAUAUGAUAAACAUCACAAAUAUGUUUUAAGUAACAUCUGCUCAAGUUUUUAAUCUGUUAAUAAGCUCUAUUAUUCAUUUAUCAAUAUUUUACAAAUGGUAAGAUUGUAACAGUUUCAUAUGUGAGUUCGAACCUUUAUUCUCAUCUACCUUGGCCAUAACUUAGCAUUCUCACACAUUCCACAUAAAACAGAGGGCUAUAUUUUGGAAUUUUCCGUUCUUAACUUGCCCAGAGUUAGCAGACAUUACAAAAGUGGCUUUAGUAGUUUACAGCCUUUUAAAACCUGUGUUAGUGUCAGCAGGAUUUAAUUCUUCUGAUAAGCUUCAGGGCUGAAAGUGAUUGUGGGACCAUACGCUCUCUGAUGCUUGGUUUUUGUCACCCAACCUUCUUGAAAAGGUUCACUAUAAAAGCUGAACUACAUUCUUAGCUUAUACGCUACCUGACUCUAUCAGAAGCCUUUUAAAGAAAAUAAAUACAGCAUACAAAGGAGGCUUUUUUUUGUAUUCAUUUUGGACUCCUGUUAAUAAAAUAGAAAUUUGACUCAUUUUAUGUUUGUAAUUGUGUUUGUCUUUUUACUCCUAGAGAAAGGGCAUAAAUAGGGCAAUCUUUUAUUUUUCGACUAAAAUUUUAAUAUUGUACCUCACUAUGGAAGUGACUGCUAUCUCUGUAAACUCUUGGAAAACCCAGGAGGAAGAGCUAUUUUCUCUCAUUUAGUACAACCUAAAGGGCAGUGCUCAAUGUAGAGUAGAAAUGUGUGUGAUGAGUCACUGAGAUCAGAGGAAUAUUUUUAUUACUACAUACAGAGGAUACACAGAUCUACAAUAUUAUAUGACUGAUUGCAAUAAUCCUACCAAACUCUCCAUAGGCCAAAGUACUGUUGCAAUACUAACUUAUGACCUUGUUUAUUUAAAAGGUUACUACUCUUCAUGCAGAAUUAUCGCUGGUAUUUUGUUACUAUAGUAGUUGGAAAUAAAAUUUGAAAAUUACCAAAAAUAUGAUUUUUUUUGUUGUUGUUCUAAAUUUAAGAUGUAACACUUAACAGUUGAAGUUUUCAUUGGAGCCUUGCUCACUAGUUGAAUGAGACCCUCCCCUCCUCUGUAGGCAGGAGCCUGUGCUGCUGAGGGUUUGAUUCAUUUGUUUCAUUUAUGUGUAAGCGGGUGGGUUUGCUUUCAAAUCAAGUCUUGCUGGGAAGCCCCAGUGUUGGUUGUAGCCACUAGACAGGCAUACAAGUGUGAGGUAAUGAACUAGCUUAUGUCAGGUGAAAGGAGAGAGAUCGGGAACGUGAACAAACAAAAUUGUAGUAUUUGCAUUUCCUAGCUCUACUGAAGUAGACAGGCUCAAAAAAAGUCUUCUAGUAGCUGUUUUCCUUCUGAAAAGGUGUGCAGAGUUCAUUCAGACUACUGGCUUCUCUGGUUUGAGAGUCUAUGGUGAGGAUUUUACAAACUGAUAACAGCAGCAUGCUUACAAAAUGGUAUGUCUUCCAUGAUUGAAAAUGUCAACAAUUUGCUUAUGUUUGCCUGUUUUUUGAUGUAUAUCAACAUCUCAAUCUAAAGAAUCAGUUUUCCUCUAACAAGUACCUUAGGUGAAGGACCUCAGUUAGGGUUUUCAUCUCUUUACUCAGUCACCAAACUCUACAUCCCUUCCUUCUCCCCAUUAUAAUUAAUAACUUGUCCUCAUUUGCAUUUAGUUGAAAGAAAAAUUUUUAGUGAGGUUUCAUUUUUAUUCCUAUUCCAAAUAUUGACAUUUUGUCAAUAGAAUAAAUGAGUAUAUAGAUGAAAACACAGUAGGUACAUACAGAGUAAAAUUGAUGACAUAUUAAAUUAAGUAGUUUACAUUGUGUAAAAAUUUUAGUCUCCAAAUUUUUAGAGUAUCCUUUAAAAUAGAGCCUUCCACAAGGAGACUUAACAGUUGAAACUGUGGCAGGUGCAAAGGUUAACAUUGUAAGAUCUGACUGAGGCAUUAGACUAAAAAUUAGUUAGAUGUUUGUGUUCCCUAAAAUUUUUGCUAUUUAAAAAGAAUCGAACACAUUGACUGAGAUUCUGUGUAUGGAGCACUCUCUUGUUCUCUCCUCUGCUUCUCCCAGCGUGCACUAGGAGGUGAAGAAGGGCAGGCUGUUGGGUAGUACCAUGUUACUGUUUGCUGGGAGGCUUAGGCCUAUAGGAGGUAUAGGAGUAAAAUGCCAACUCCUAAAGUGGAGCUCGGGAAUUGUGUGUUAGGAACAUACUGGGGUUUUCUUAGAAUGUUCUAAUUUGGUUUUUGUGGUUUUAAACGUCACUAUAUAGCCUACGCUGGCCUUGAACUUGGUGUAGCCCAGGUUGUGGACCUUGUGAUCCUACAGGCUCAGCUUCUUGAGAGAUAGGAUUACAGGCAAGAGCCACCACACCUGAGUUAAACAUGUUUACUACAUUUAUUCAGGUAUCUGCUCCAGCUGGAGUGUUGUUUAGUAAUAAUCUGAAUUUCAAAUACACUUCAGGACCCUACAUGGUUGUGAGGGAUUGUUUAUCAUGUAUGUACUGAGUUUCCAUGUCCGGGCUCGGUGACUAAGCACUAUAUAGAUUAAGCUAUACAGAUGCUCUUUGUGUUCAGAACUUACUUGGAUUUGGUCAGCACGUGGAUGGGAACUUGCUUUAUUCUUCUCCCCUUGGCACAGUGGCCAGUGUUUAGAAUGCCUCCCCCUACCUUUUUUUCUGUUCUUUACUUUCUUCUUUUGUUGUUGUUGUUUUGUUUGUUUGCCCUUUUCACUAGGCCACUAGGCAGAAAAAUUAUUAUUAUUACUGUUUUUUGGUUUAGGGACUAACUUUUGAAUUAGUUGGCCUUUGCUUUCCUUAUCCCAUUUGGAUAAGGCAACACUCAUCCUUUGUUUUUAAAUGCUUCUUUUUUGAAGCAUUUUCUCAACUCUAUGAAUCCCCUUUUUAGUCUGCCUUAAAGUGAAACAACUAUCAGUGAACCAUAGCAUGACAUCAUACCAGCUGUGCAGUGAUUUGUUCAGAUGUGUCCCAAGAAGUUGGCAUCAUUAGACACUUAAACUCAACACUAGGGCUAUUUUACAGGCCUUAACAAACAGAACAGACACUAUCUUGUACAUUUUCAUGUAACUGAGCUAAAAAUCCAAAUAGCAAUCAUGGGCAUGCUUUAGAACUGUGGUUUCAGGCAGGUGUGUACAUCCCAGGGGUAUGCAGAUAAGUCCAUUGAGAAAAUGUUAAAAUAAUGAUUCUUUGUAUUUAAUCUCAUCCUUUUAAAUUUCUAUUUUUGUGUGUUUUAUAAUGUACAUAAUAUAUUGUACAGUUGUACACUUAUAUAAUUUAUAAAUAAAUAAUACAUUUAUGGUGCAUUAUA